AUGCCCGAGUGGUUUUCCAACGGUGAUAUAGCCGAUUACGGUUGUCAUAACGGAACCCUUACUUUCCGCAUCCUUGAGAAAUUCCCUGAUAUACACAAGAUUGAUGCCUUUGAUUGUGAUCCAGAACUCAUUGAAAAUGCCAAGAGUAUGCAGCGGGAGAGGAUCAGAUGGGGUGCUCAGACCAACACAAAAUACGACAAAAUCAACUUCCAGGUUGCCAACUGGAGCGAAUGCACGUCAUUCGACGACGAGCCCACAUACAACACGAUCCUAGCUUUCAGCGUAACUAAAUGGAUUCAUCUAAAUUAUGGCGACGCUGGCCUAAUGCGCUUUUUCCGACGUGUCUUUAACCUUCUGAGGCCAGGUGGACACCUACUGCUUGAACCACAGCCUAAAUCAUCAUAUAAGAAGACCCGAUUUACUGCUAAACAACAGGAGAAUUAUAAAGGUAUGACUAUCGAUCCGUCAAACCUGGAACCUUUAUUGCUGGACGUCGGCUUUUCAUAUUUCGACAAAAUCAAAGUUCCUCGUCCAAACGAAGCCUUUCAAAGGAAUAUAAUUUUAUGCUCCAAGUCCUAUGGUGUGACGCCGUCUUCCAUCCGCAACGAUUGCCGAAGUGAGACGCAGAUGUGGCGAGGUUCCCCUUCGUCGGAUGGCUUGCCCCCUCUAGGUCCACCUCCCGUCAAUUAUUGCCCUCAAACGCCCAGUUACACGUCCCUCGUUUCCCCCAGGUCGUCUGUACGUUUCCCUACCCCAGAACCAUCUACUGCAACUCCGGAUAGUCUUCAUUUCGAGGCAAUCUCAAGUACUGUAUCGACGGUUGAAGCCAACAGUAGAGUUCCAAUAGAUGCAUCCCCACUUCUAUCUAUUGUGGAUAACUCGGGCGUCACUGUAUCCGUCCCAGAUUCUACUUCUGAGCAGUAA